AUGUACUUGGCGCUGCUCCGGGCCGUACGAACGACGACGCUUUUCCAGGCCUCGUCGAGCCGCCGCGCGGCCCGGCGGCAGCGGCUCGGGGCGGGGCCGCCUCGGGCCGAGCCGGGAGGGCGCGGGGAUCGGCCGGCCCCGCAGCGGGGCCUCGCUCGGACUGAACUCGGGGGAGGGAAAGGGCGAGAGCUGCGCGGGGCUCGCGGCGCUUCUCUCGGCCGCGCGCCGCCCGGCGAACGUCGCCGCCUCGCUGCCUCCCUCGCCGCGGCUCUGCCUUCCCCGCCGAGGUGCCGAGCGGGAGGCGGCGGCAGCGCCCGCGCCGCCCCUCAGGGCGAGGUCGCCGUGUCCUGGAGACCCUCCGCCGAGUUCGCUGGCAACAUGUACCGCGGGGAAGGGACGGUGCCCGCCAGCCCCGCCGACGUCUGGGAGUGCAUCAGGCCCGCGGCCGGCGGGCUGAGAACCAGGUGGGACCGAAACGUGAAGGACUUCGAGGUCAUUGAAACCGUCAGCGAUACCAUCUCUGUAUGCAGAACCACAACCCCCUCAGCUUUCAUGAGGAUUAUUUCACCAAGAGAGUUUGUGGAUGUGGUACUAACGAAGCAAUAUGAAGAUGGGACUAUGCUAUCUGCUGCAACCAAUGUGGAACACGCACUCUGUCCUCCUCAAGCACAUUUCGUUAGAGGGUUUAAUUAUCCCUGUGGCUGUUUCUGUAUACCUAUUCCAGGAGAAUCAGACAAAACUCAGCUCCUCAGCUUCUUUCAGACUGAUCUUGGUGGCUAUCUUCCCCAGACUGUGGUGGAAUCCUUCUUUCCAGCUAGCAUAGCUGGAUUUUACAGCAAUCUGACCAAAGCUGUUAAGACAUUAAAACUGUGACAAGACCAGUUGCUGAGAUGACCAACCGAGGGUAGGAAAAGUACUGGCAGCUUGAGAAUAGAAAUCUUGGGAAAUAGAGGUUGGCCUACAACACUUUUCUACCAGCAAAGAUACUUAGGAAAGAUGAAAUGGGAACAAUGAAUUGAGUAAGGUAAACAUUUUACACGGCAUUUUUACCUGUCUGUAUUCAAAGCAAUGCACUGUCUUAUAAUGUAUUUUUUUAAUUAACAAAAUAAAGGCUAUCACACCAGAUGCUGAAAGAAUCCUGGAGGCAGCACACUGCUGGCUGUCUGCAGGGAGAAGAUGCUUUUUUUUUUUUUUUUUUUUUUUUUAAUCUAUUCUUGGCCGCAUUUCAUCAGUGUCUAUCGGGGGAGCACUGCUAAAAUCUGUACAGCUCUACCAGCACUAGUCAGGUGCAGGUCAGCCCUGUUGUCCCUCUUCCGCUCCCCAUAGCCUCCUGUGGGACAAGGUUCCUUCACCAAAGGAAGAGCUAGCUCUUUUGCUGCCAGCAUUUGUAGAGCUGCUAAGAUGGUAGCAUGGGACAGGCCAGCAAAUGGUAGAAGCUAGAACGAAUUGGACUGUGUCUGGAGGAGUCCACUUGUUUGUUCCAGCAGACUUCAGUACUAGUGGUAAACGUGUGCUUAAGUUCUCUUUUCUGAAUCAAGGACUAACAGUCUAAAUGAAUUCACAGGUCUGUGGCAAACUUCUUUCUUCCCUUCUCUGUACCAAAACCAGUAAUUUUCACAAUGUCGUGAACCAAACUGCACUGACAUAGUGGUAAUAAAGAAGGUUAAGCACUUUAACUGCUAUUUUUCUAAUUGCAUUAGAAAUGACCUUGUAUUUAAACAUUUUUCAGUCUUUUAUAGUGAGAGGUAUUAACAAGUAAAUAAUAUUUUCUGUAACCUAGUCUUGAUUUGACAAUACACAUUUGCUUUUCUUUAAGAUUGCCUCAUCUCACAGUCUUAUCUUGGAAAAUCAACUCCUGAUUUGGUGUGCAGUGAUGUGCAGCUCUAGAAAAUAUUUAUGGUGCUGAUUACUGCAGGAAUGUCAGACGUUAUUAUGGAUUGCAUAUAAUUACAAAAGGAAAAAAAUGAAUUGCUGAAUUAGAAAUUUAAAUGCAGGUUGUGAUUUUAAUGCUAUAAUUUGAUUAUUUAAUGAGGUUAAUAUGCUCUGUUUUCUGUCCCUGUAUUUGUAUGUAUGUAUGGUAUAGUGUAUGGACUUGCAUACAGAUUUUCCCACUGUAAUUUUCACCCUGUGGAAUAGACUUUUCAAGGAAACAGUUUUUAAUCUAGUUUCCAUUGUGUACAAAGAUGUAAAAAUUCCUAUGAGAGUGUUACAAAAAUAAAUA